AUGAAGGCUCUCCUGUUACUGGUCCUACCUUGGCUAAGUCCUGCAAACUACAUAGACAAUGUGGGCAACCUGCACUUCUUGUACUCCGAGCUAUGUAAAGGAGCAUCCCACUAUGGCCUUACCAAGGAACGGAAGAGGCGUUCCCAGGACUGCUCUCCAGACCGUGGCUCCAGCUUGGCAGUGGCUGCCCUGGGCCCUGAGCUCUCAGCAGCUGCAGCCAUCGCCUUAAUGACAGAUGAGCCAGGGCUGGUGAACCCGGCCUUCAGCCCCACCUCAGAGGACAGCCAGCUGGGCAGCAGCCCCGGGGACCUGCACCGCAGCAACCGCAACCGGACUCGACACUUUGAACGUUCCACUAUAAGAAGCAGAUCUUUUAAAAAAAUAAACAAAGCGUUCAGCGUUCUUCGAAGGACAAAAAGUGGAAGUGCUGUUUCCAACCAGACUGACCGGGAAAGGGAGACUGUUGGAAACUCUGCUGCUGGAGAGGAAGGUUUUCCCAGGCUGUACCACCUGAUUCCAGAUGGGGAGAUUACCUGCAUUAAGAUCAGCCGCAGCGAUCCGCAUGAAAGUCUGGCCAUUAGGAUCGUGGGAGGCAGUGAGACCCCUUUGGUUCACAUUAUUAUACAGCAUAUUUAUCGAGAUGGGGUGAUUGCCAGAGAUGGAAGAUUGCUGCCUGGAGACAUGAUACUAAAGGUAAAUGGCAUGGACAUCAAAAAUGUGCCUCACAACUAUGCCCUGUCAAUCCUGAAGCAGCCGUGCCACGUGCUGCGACUGACGGUGCUGCGAGAGCAGAGGUACCGGUGCCGCAACAGCGGGCUUUCCCUCGAUGCUCACUGCAACCGGGACGACAGCUUCCAUGUAGUGCUGAACAAGAGCAGUCCGGACGAGCAGCUGGGCAUAAAGCUGGUCCGCAAGGCCGAUGAGCCAGGGGUGUUCAUUUUCAACCUGCUGGAGGGCGGCAUGGCGGCGCGGGACGGGCAGCUGCAGGAGAACGACCGCGUGCUGGCCAUCAACGGGCACGACCACCGCUACGGCAGCCCCGAGAGCGCAGCGCAGCUCAUACAGGCCAGCGAGAAGCAGGUUCACUUGGUGGUGUCGCGGCAGAGCCGGCAGCAGACCCCGGACCUCCUGCAGGAGACGGGCUGGGCUUCCAGCGGCUCCCAGCCCUGUCCGGCCGAGAGAAACCACCCCGGCAAGAACACCCUUCACACAGUCACCUGUCAUGAGAAGGUGGUGGCUGUCCGGAAAGAUCACAUGGAAUCCCUGGGAAUGACUGUGGCAGGUGGAGCAUCUAACCGGGAAUGGGAUUUGCCUAUCUAUGUGAUAAGUGUGGAACCUGGAGGAGUGAUCAGCAGAGACAGCAGGAUAAAAACAGGUGACAUCCUCCUGAACGUGAACGGCAUUGAUCUGACGGGAGUCAGCCGCAGUGAGGCCGUCGCCCUGCUGAAGAACACCAACUCCUCAGUGGUGCUCAAAGCCCUGGAGAUGAGAGCAUGUGAAGCCCAGGAGGAGCAGGGUCACCUCCCACCCACUGAGGACACCCAAGUGACUGCUGAGAGCAGUGAGUGGUCGCCGUCCUGGGUUAUGUGGCUGGGGCUGCCACGAUAUUUGUACAGCUGCAAAGAAAUUGUAUUACGAAGAAAUACAUCUGGAAGUCUUGGCUUCAGCAUCGUAGGAGGUUAUGAAGAACAUACUGGGAACAAACCAUUCUUUAUCAAAUCCAUUGUUGGGGGAACACCAGCAUAUAACGAUGGCAGAAUUAGAUGCGGUGACAUCCUCCUUGCUGUCAAUGGCAGGAACACAUCAGGAAUGAUGCAUGCCUGCUUGGCAAGGAUGCUCAAAGAACUAAAAGGAAAAAUUACUCUCACAAUUGUGUCCUGGCCUGGCACAUUUUUAUAAAACAAGUCUUCAUGGAGAGUGUGAUAAGUAUCUUAACAUGGGGAAAACAUUUUAAAAAAAAGGAACACCAGUCUUUGCUUUUUUGGGGAGUAAAGUAUGUAUUUAUAAAGAAAAGGUUUGUGAAAUUUCAACCUGCAUGUCAAGAAAAGUCAAGUUUAGGCAAAGCAGUGACACCCGUCAGAAAAAUCACUUCAGAGUGAUCCAAGCUACAGACUUAAGUCCUUCCUUCCCUGUGUUCUUAAGGGUUUUUUGUUGUUUUUUAUACAUACCUAUAUAUCUAUUUAAUGCGUUAUAAUAAUAAUAAUGGAAUUUAAGGAGCAACAGCUUCUGCUCACCCACUUUAUUUUGAUUUACAAAAAGAAAACCUUGAAUUACUAAUGGAAAUAUUUCUUGCAAUUUUUCUAGUUGCAAUAAUCAGGUGAAGGUUUUUAUCCAACACAUUAAUAGCACUUUGAUUAUGUGUACCUUUUCAUGGUCAGCAUGAAGCUGGUAUUUUCAAGACUUUCAAGUACUGUUUGUUAGUCUGUAAAACUGUGAAUGAAAUUUCUAAAAUUAUUAAAAAUAAUUGUAACUGUG